AUGGUUACAGUUCUUCUCAUCAUACUCUUUCUCGGAACAUCAACAAAGGCGUUUCUGAAAGGUGUUGAGACUUGGAAUAAAGAAACUAUAGAGAAAAAGGAAGCUGCGAAGCGUUUAGAGUCAAACGGUGUAUCUGGGGAAGAAGUUGAAUACCAUCCUCUUCCCGCAGCUCCGGGCACGAACAAUGGAAACAGCAAGAAAGAAGAAGUAAGUAUUCUUGAAAAUGUAUACUGGAAGGAACUCGGGCUUCUCGUUUUCGUAUGGGUUGUAUUCUUGGCACUGCAGAUCAUUAAGCAAAAUUUGGCUAAUUGUUCAGUAGCAUAUUGGGUCAUAAACUUGCUACAGAUUCCUGUUGCAGUUGGUGUAUCAGGCUAUGAAGCAGUAGCUUUGUACCAAGGUAGAAGAAUCAUUGCAUCUAAAGGACAAGGAGGCUCGGAUUUCACCGUUGGUCAGCUCGUUAUGUACUGUACAUUUGGUGUAUUGGCGGGUGUAGUCGGUGGUUUACUUGGUUUAGGUGGAGGUUUCAUUAUGGGUCCAUUGUUUCUAGAGCUCGGUGUCCCUCCACAGGUCUCAAGUGCAACGGCUACUUUUGCAAUGACCUUCUCUUCAUCAAUGUCUGUUAUAGAAUACUAUCUUCUUAAACGGUUCCCUGUUCCAUAUGCUCUGUACCUAGUGGCAGUGGCAACAAUUGCAGCUUUUGUUGGACAGCAUGUAGUCAGGAGGCUAAUCACAGUCCUCGGCCGGGCGUCUCUCAUCAUCUUCAUCCUCGCAUCUAUGAUCUUUAUCAGCGCGAUUUCGCUUGGUGGUGUGGGAAUAGUGAACAUGAUUGGUAAAAUCCAACGGCACGAGUACAUGGGUUUCGAGAACCUUUGCAAGUACGGUGGUUGA